CGUUGCGUUGUUGCUGGGAUUGCGAGCUCACUAGCUAGCUCUGAACGUUUCGGAGUUUUUUUUGGUUCGAAACUAGAUUUUUAUAUUUAUUCUUUGCUCAACUCAAAAGAAACUUCAUUCACGAUGGGGGGCGGUGACUUGAACUUAAAAAAGAGCUGGCAUCCCCAGACGAUGAAAAACAUUGAACGCGUUUGGAAGGCUGAACAGAAGUAUGAAGCUGAACGUAAGAAAAUUGAAGAGCUACAGAAAGAGUUGAAGAAUGAACGAGCCAGAGAAGAAAUGACCAGAUAUGCGGAGGAAACGGGUGCCAUCAAGAAGAAGGACGAUCGUCUGGACUGGAUGUACCAAGGAAGCGCUUCCCAAGUGUCCAGAGAUGAAUACCUUCUUGGGCGUGCCAUUGACAAGCAGAUCACUGAUCAGUAUGAGGAGCCGGAGAGUGGACCUUCAGCAGAAACUGGUCUCCUUCCAGGUUCCAUUUUCAACCCAACCACAGCUGCUUCGACCCUUGAUAUGGCAGCCAAGAUCAGAGAGGAUCCACUGUUCCAGAUCAGGAAACGAGAAGAGGAAAAGAAGAGAGAAGUGCUCACUAACCCAGUAAAGAUGAAGAAAAUCAAAGAAAUGCUGCGUCUGAAUCUGGAAAAGAAAAAGAAGAGGAAGAAGGACAAAAAGGAAAAGAAAGGAGACAAGGAGAGAAGAAAAGAGAAGAAGCACAAGAAGAGGAGAUCCAGUUCAAGCUCAGAGGAUGAGGAUGAAAAACAACACAAGUCCAGAGACGAUUCCCACUCGUAUAAGCUCCAUCAUCUCCCGGGUUAUGGCCUUCAGCUCCCUGCCAGCAAACGGCACGAGUCCUCGGGCCGACGUGACAGAAGCCGCAGCCGAUCCCCGCAGAGGAAAGAGAACCACAACCACCACCUGUCCUCCUCCCACAGAAGUGACAGGACGGUCCAGCCAGCGUCUCACAGCCCUCGGAAGGAAACCUUCAAGCGAUAUCGGGACCAUGUGUCGAGGAAACUCACAUCCGAGGAGCUGGAACAGCGGCGGAAGGAGAUGAUGGAUCAAGCCAAGCAACGCGACGAAGACAGGGAGAACAAUGUGAAGCGAUACAAGCGGCAGGACGAGCAGGAGAAGCAGCGAGAGCAGAACGUCAAGCGUGAGCGACACGCUGGUUUCAUCCAUGACAUGAAGCUGCAGAGCGCCGCCAGCUCUUCAUUAGAGGACAGAGUCAAGAGGAACAUCCACUCCAUUCAAAGGACGGCAGCCUCCUCAGACAACUUCAUGAAGAGAUGAAGCAGUCAGGACUGAAAAGUUGGAUGCUCAGGAAUAUUCGUUCUCCAGUCAAUGAGCCACGUGGCAUUUUUACUUCAGAUCACACAGUGCGUUUCUUUUGUCUGUUUUUCAUUUGAACUUUGUAAAGUGUAUAUAUUUUAAGAUGCGCCGAUAUUUUAUCAUGAAUGUGUAGUAAUUCACUGCAAAUGCUGUGACGUACAAUGUAGUGGAAUAAAAACAUUUUGCCCCAAUGUGUUUUCUGCAAAAUUGACUCCAAAAU